AUGGAGACCAAGACUGGGGACGCGGGGUUCACCCGCAGCCCGACGCUAGCUUCUUCGUGGGAUGCUGCCAACGGGGCGCUGACCCAGAGCCUCCUUCUCACCCGGGUUGGGCUCAGCGCCCAGAAUUUCGACUGGGAGGAGCUUCUGGCGCCGCCUGCUCCUGGGAUCAGUGCGAGUCCUCAACAAGGUCCAAACAGUGAUGGAGUCCAUGGACCAAAGUUACCACCUGGAGCCCAGCAAUUGAUGAGUAUAUUUAGGCUUCAGCCGCAUGUACCCCCCCAGAGAUUGAUCCGCGGGCCAGAUCAAGUGGUGCCCACCGUGGGGGCUCCUGGCACAGUGGAGUUAAUGAGGGAGCCGUUCAAGAACGUCGGCGAGAAGUAAAAACAAAUUGAAUCAAGGAUCGAAGCUAAGAGUGAAAACAAACUGAAUCAAGGAUCGAAGCUAAGAGUGAAAGCAAAUUGAAUCAAGGACCAAGGCCUGCACAGACAACUGCUCAAUGUGCCACUUGAGUCAUGGCCUCACGUCCGCCAAGUAAGGUGACCGGGCUCGGCCGCGGCUCCCAACAGACAUUGAAACCGCUUGUCAUCAAGACCUUGCUAUGGCUGCUGCCUUGCAAGGGUUUACAGAUUUUAAACAGUUGUUAUCUCAAAAACAUAAACAAAACUGUUUUACCUGUAGAGAGACUGGUCAUUUUACAAAAAGAUUCCAGAGAUAGAAAUUCUAAUGUCAAUUACUUUGACUCGUUUAACUGAUCAGAGUGGUGUUGGUCUGGUCUCUUGAGUUUAGUUUCGGCAUGUGUGGGGAUGGGGACGGCUGCUGGGAGGAGAAUGGGAGGCACUGUGGUGGUUACUGUUGUCUUCCCCAGUGUCGGAUCUUGGGGGCCUGGGAAGCCUUCACCAUCCUGUAAUGAUUUGAUUAGUUCUAUAAUAUGCAGUAUGUAUUUAAUGUGCAUAAAGAUGGACACAACUGUUUGGAGGAAACUAGAGACAAUUAAGUAAACAGUAAAGAUCUCCAGUGGACUUGCUUUAAAAUCUGUAUUUCUUUAAAUCUUUUUUUUAAACUGUUUUGUUCUGUUUUGAUAUGUUUGGUCUUGCCCUCUUUGAGGUGAAAAAACAAGUGUGUAGGACUGAUAAACAUAUUACUAAGUUUUUGUUGGAUCAUUGAGCAGAACUGUUGGCAGUGUCACUAUUUGGAUGUCACUUUCAUGCUUUGGUUUUGUGACCUGGAUGGCUAUUUCUAAGAUGACAAUAUGUAACUUAUUAACUGUUGAUUUCUUACCAUUUAUUUUUCUGUAAUGCUGUAUUAAGAUCACUAUAAAACAAGCCAGACAGAUAGUAAAAAAUGGCCUUUCUUGUGCCACGCACCUCCCAGUUCCACACUUUGGGGUUAAUCCUAGAGGACUUAUCCCCAAUGCAUUAUGGCAAAUGGAUGUAACCCACAUUCCUGAGUUUGGCAAUCUUAAAUACGUUCAUGUGAGUAUAGAUAUCUUUAGUGGUUUCAUUUAUACCUCUCCUCAGACUGGCAAAGCUAACAAAUGUUAUUAGUCCAUAUGCUGUCAGCCUUCUCAGUUCUGGGAUGCCCACAACAAUUAAAGACUGAUAAUGGUCCAGGCUAUGCCUGUUCUGCCUUUGCUCGUUUCUGUCAACAUCUUAAUAUUGAUCAUAUAAAAGGCAUACCGUAUAACCCUCAAGGUCAAGGCAUAGUUAAAAGGGCACAUCUUUCCCUAAAACUCACUGUUGAUAAAAUAAAAAAAAGGGAGAAUGGUAUCACAAGGAGGACACCUAAAAAUAUUCUAUCUCAUGCCUUAUUCAUCCUUAAUUUUUUAAAUUUGGAUGCUUCUGGACUGUCAGCAGGCAUGCAUUUUUGGCAUACUGAAACACAAAAGCAAUUUGCUUCUGUACUAUGGAGAGACCCACUAACCAAUAUGUGGAAUGGCCCCGACCCAGUCCUUAUCUGGGGACGAGGUUCAGUAUGUGUUUACUCUCAACAAGACGGAGAGGCUAGAUGGCUACCUGAGCGCCUUGUAAAACAAGUAGACAGUUCUUCAAAGACCUCAUGCGACGCCCAGGAAUAAUGUCAUUUCCUGAGGCACAACCCCCUGUGCUCUUUUACAGAUGACACAACUCCUCGGAGCCUUAUGCUGCCUGCUCAGCCUUCUCCUUGGACCGUAUCACACCCAUGGUGGAUUUAAACCCCCGCCAAACAGACUACAACUGCUGACAGCCAUACACAGAAACCCCUGUGACUGUGGAGGAGGCUCUUUUUGGGCUGGAGGAACACAAACCAGCCAAAUAGACUGCAGAAAAAUGUUGCUUCUAUGUCAAUCAGUCCGGUGUUGUGCGAGGCAAGCUCCAAGAAAUAGAAGAACGACUUUAACAGCGACAACAACAAAUGGCUGCUAACCCCUUCUCCUCGAUGUGGGGGGGACUUUUCCCUUACCUAGCACCCCUUUUGGGUCCCUUAGCUGCCUUGUUGCUUCUCCUUUCUGUAGGUCCUUGUAUUUUUCAGAGGAUUAUGACGCUCAUUAAUAACCAGAUAGACGCAUUUAUGGCAAAGCCCAUUCAGGUACAUCACUAGCUGGAGAUGGCAGAUCAACAAACCUACCGGGAAGGAAUUCCCACGAGUGGCCCAUAUGACAAUGCAGCCUAACUGCCCUGGGGCAAUGGACAGGCAGCCAGAGGCGGGCAACUAGGACAUACAUGAUUACACCACUGGCCGCCUAAGACAGGCACAGGAACAACUGCUGUCCUGCAAGCCCAUGACAGGUUGGGUUCAUGUAAUGAGGUUCUUUGACCUAAGAUAGGCGCUGUCCUCACAGGGCCUGUCAUACUCCUGACAAAAUAAUAUAAAAAGGAAGGAGAUGUAUGGAGCGGCAUGACCACCCCAUUGCUGCCAUCUCUCUCUCCUAUGGGCAUAUGAUGCAACUGCCUACAUUAACCAUAAUCCUCUCAUGCUUACAUCAUAUACUUGGAUGUGACGAUGACGCUGUUGUAUUCAUCCCCAUAGCCUCUUCCAGUCCCACCAGUCCGCCCUUGGCCUAUAAAAGAUGUGAUCACUUCCUGAAUAAACGAGACUUGAUUGGAAUCCUCA